AUGGGCAGUGGAGCGUCCUCCACUGAAGGAUCCCGGCCGGAGAGGCUGGAGGCCGGGGGUCUGAGCCUGUGGACCCUCCACACCUGUGGAUCGGAGCCACGACACCCUGCAGAAGGAGAAGACGUGUCUCUGGACUUUGAGAGUUUCCUUCACAACAACGGGACUCUGUUCAGCUGCUUCAGACGACACGGAGACAGAGUUUAUGUGGACGAGUCGCAGAACCUGCAGCCGUUUCCAGAGGACUGGUUCAGUCAGGGACGCUUCAUCACCGCCAACAACCAGGGCUCCGGUCAGCUGCAGACUCCGUCCAGCAGCCAGCCGGAGGUCGCCGAGGACGACCGCACCGGCAGCAUCUACAUCCAGGGAAAAGGAACCGUCAUGACCUACAUGUUUGAGGUGAUGGAGAGGGUGAACGUCUGCAGGUUCUGGGAUCCUCAGUCGGGCGUCUGGCUGCUGCUGCCGCUGCAGUGGGAGAUAAACGUGGAGUUUGUUAAAGCUCGAGUCCAACGGGUCAUGUCCAUCCUUCCAGGUCUGGUGGACCAGAAGGAGAUCACUGCAGCACUCAGGCAGUGUAACUACGACCCUGAAGAGGUCAUCUCCGUCUACCUCACCAUGUUUGGAGAAAUCCUCCUGCAGGCCUCUCCGAGUGGAGAUCACAACUACGCCGACCUCAACUCCUUCAGAGCCCUCCUGGAGCGGGACCGGGUCAUCGAGGAUCUGAGGCAGAAGGUUCAGCUCAAAGAGAAGGAGGCGGACCACCUCCUCCAGAGGAACAGCUACCUGGAGAGGGAGGUGAGCUACCUGAGUCAAGUCGUCCAUCACCUGAACCAGAAGUUGGCCGAGCUCGAGGCCGACCAGCAGGAGGCACGAGAGAAGAUCCGAUCCCUCCUCCAGAACCGCCGGGCUCCUAAGGUCCCGCUCGCCAAAACCAUCUCCAAGCCGACCGUGGAUCCGGAUCGACUCCUCCAGGUGAGCCGACUGACCCGUGAGCUGAACGUCUCCAACAAGCAGCUCCGGUCCACCGUCCGCCAGGCGCUGACUGACAUGAAGAACCAGCAGGAGCAGCUGAGGGGCGCCGUGGAGAAGAUGGACCGGGUGGAGCAGGAGGCCGCCGGGGAGGUGGAGGAGCUGCGAUCCCUCUACAGGAAGGAGGCGGUGGAGAGGAGGAGCCUCUACAACAAGCUGCUGGAGCUGCAGGGGAACAUCCGGGUGUUCUGUCGCUGCAGGAGGAGCUCCGCCUCCAGCUCCACCUUCAGCUCUUGUCUGGAGAAAACGGACGACCAGGAGGUGGUGGUCGUCCAGAAGGGAAGCAGGAAGAAGUUCCACUUUGACAAAGUCUUCCCUCCGAGCAGCACUCAGGAGGAGGUGUUUGCAGGAACUCUCCCGGUGAUCACUUCCUGUGUGGACGGUUACAACGUCUGCAUUCUGGCCUACGGACAAACCGGCUCAGGGAAGACCUUCACCAUGAUGGGGAACAAGGAGAACCCCGGAGUCAACGUCAGGUCGAUACGAGAACUUCUACGUAUCUGUGCAGAGAAAGAGAAGGUCUGCUACACUCUGAAGAUCUCGAUGUUGGAGAUUUACAACGACGGUCUGAACGACCUUCUGACCAAAAGCCCCGGCGCCGCUCUGGACAUCAGAGUCCAGGGGAAGUCGGUGUCGGUCCCGGGUCUGACCCAGAUCCAGGUCCAGACCGAGGAGGACAUCCUCGUCGCCAUGGAGACGGGAGAAAAGAACCGAAAGAUCGCCUCGACCAAGAUGAACAUCCAGAGCUCCCGGUCUCACCUGGUGGUGGCGCUGCAGGUGGAGGGCUCGGACCGGGUGUCGGGACUCACGUCACGCGGGACGCUGACCCUGUGCGACCUGGCCGGAUCAGAACGGAUCUCCAGGACCGAAGCUGAAGGUCAGAGGCUGGUGGAGGCCGCCGCCAUCAACAAAUCCCUCACCGCACUGGGACAGGUGUUCGGUGCUCUGAAGUGUAACGCCCUCCACGUCCCCUUCAGGAACUCUAAGCUCACUCUGCUGCUGCAGCCCUGCCUCAGUGGAGACGCAAAGUGCUGCGUGUUCGUGAACGUGAGUCCCGACGUGAAGGACGAGGCGGAGACUCUGAGCACGCUGCAGUUCGGUUCCACCGUUCGACAGGUGGUGCUCGGAAAAGCACCGCAGAACGUGGCUCCCACCAAAAACAACAAGAGCAACAAGUAGA